AGACUAGGUAAUGCUUUGCGAUCCAUCUUUCCCCCUUCCCCCUUCCCCUUUUUUUAAGAUGGCGAUGCGUGAUCGCCCAUUGAUCUGGAAAUCUGCUAUGAAAAUUAUUUCUCGUGUCGCCAUGUCAAGGAUGGUUACCGAACCUACACCACUAGAGUGUCAACGAGUCACCGUCCGUCCUAGUCUUCUGCUCCCCUACCUCCCUACUUGUGGUAUGCUUUUCGAUAAGUGAUAGUUGAAUGCGUCGUGAUGGCCAGUAGUAAACGAACGAUAUCUGGCUCAACGCUAUACAAUCUUAGUCAACUGCCGGAAUGAGGGGUAUGUUGUGGCACUUGUGUAGGCAAGCCUGGAGGUGAGGAGGCGUUAUAGAAGCCGGAAGCGCUUCCACGGUCCUACGUGGAUUAUUCACUUCUAUGCAUCAUCACGUUGUAGGGCUCCGUUCAAUGUUUCGAAUUGACCGUAGUUGGUGUAAACACUCUCGAUCGCGAUGCGUGCUCUUCGAUAUUAUGGUCCCAAAGACCUUCGUCUGGAGACGGAUUUGCCUGAGCCCAAGUGUGGCUCGACGCAGGUCAAGAUUCGGCCUGCAUUUGUCGGAAUCUGUGGCACAGAUCUCCAUGAGUACCAAUCUCAGACUUUCAUACCCAAAUACGGCUCGCCUCACCCGCUUACCAACGAGUCCUCUCCCGUCACCCUCGGCCAUGAGAUAUCUGGAACUAUCAUCGAGAUAGGCUCGAACGUGUCUAACCUUGGUGAUUUGAAAGUCGGGGAUCGAGUUGCCGUAUUCCCGCUGCUGUGUUGUCGAACUUGCGAGCCGUGCAAGGGUGGAUUCCCGAACUGCUGCGUCGACAAGGGCUUCCUCGGACUAUCUGGCGGUGGCGGCGGGCUUAGUGAUUACAUCUGCGUGCAGCCUGAGGCAGUAUUCAAGCUUCCAGACAGUAUCUCGCUGGAGGUUGGUGCCCUGGUUGAACCACUCGCGGUUGCCUGGCAUGCCGUUAACCAGUCUGCCAUUGAGGCUGGUCAAGCUUCCUUAGUAUUUGGCACCGGUCCCAUUGGGCUCUCCAUAAUCCAGUGUCUAAGGGCCAUAGGCGCUGGGAGCAUUAUUGCCGUCGAUAUGGUGCCUCAACGACAACAGCUCGCGAAGAAGUUUGGCGCAACGCAUAUACUUGACCCAACUCGAAUCGAUGUGAGCCAUGCGGUUCGAGAGCUAACCGGCGGCAAUGGCCCUCCCGUAGCCUUCGAUUGUGCUGGUGUACCACUCAGUCUUGAAGCAACAAUCCGUUCUGUCUGUGCUCGGGGGACCAUCAUCAAUGUCGCGAUUUGGGAAAAGCCCGUUGCUCUUAAUCCUAACGAUCUCGUCUUCCACGAGAGGAAGUAUAUUGGAAGUUUGACAUACCAAUUGGCCGACUUCGGUCAUGUUAUUGAUGCUCUCCGUACAGGGCAUCUGAAACCAGAAGCUAUGAUCACGAGCAAAGUCUCCCUGGAUCGCGCGAUCGAAGACGGAUUCGAGGCGCUCAUACAUCAGAGAAACAAACAUAUCAAACUCAUGGUGGAUUUAUCAGCUACAGCUUCAUAAUCGAUGGUUUGAGUCAGAAAACGAUGCGUCAGUUCCUAGUUACAUCGCCAGGUAAAAUAUUACCAAGGGAAGCACAGAGCCGGGUCUGUUCUACCGAUACACAUGAGACUCAACACAUAUCGUUCAAAUCUAUUUAACUUUUGACGUUAGAACCAGGUUGCAACCUCAACUAAGAGGAAACGGACACUUCUAUCACAUAUGAUGCCUUGACCUAAUUAGGAUGGCUAUGACGUCUAUUCUCUUAACACUUCUACUGUACUUACUGUAUGAUGUGCCUUACUAACUGGCAUCUGCAAUUACGCAGGUACCGAGUAAGUAAGUACUUAAGUAACGCGUAGGUAGGAGGUAUACAGGUAAUUAGCUACGCGUGGUAAUACUUCAUGCUGUCAUAUCGUCA